AUGGCUGACUCGUUCACCUUGCCUUUGCGCCCCAUCCCCGAGAAACGUGAUCGUCCGGACACCUUGCCCGUGGAGAUCGCGCAAAUCAACAAUCAGUGGGGCUCUUUUCGCGAAGUGAAUGAAGAUCUUCUUCGAAACAAGAUCCUCGAGGAGGAAGAAAAAGAUGGCCUGAAUGAGGUAGACGAGAGUGACCAAGAUGCGACCGAUCUUGACUCGACGGAGCGUUUGGAACAACUGUACAAGCGGCGUGCUGAGAUCACCCAGUUCGCCAUGCAAGCUCACAUGGAGACCAUGUUCGCCCUCGACUUCGUCUCCCUUUUGCUCUCCAAGCAGGCCCCGCGUCAGGCGGAAACCUCCAUGUCGGCCUUCCUCAAACAAGUCGCACCUCUGGGUUCGCUCAAUUCCGAAGUCGUGAACCCCCCUCCGAAGCCGGAAUCUACAACCAAAGAUGUAUCAGCAGUGUCAAGAGGCUGGCGAAUCCAAAAUUUCAACGCAGCCGCAAACAAGCUUCUACAGGCCGCAUUCAGACUUGAAACCGAAGUCGCGUCGGAGACUCGAUAUUGGAAUGAGGUGCUGGCUGUGAAGGACAGAGGAUGGAAACUUUCCCGUCUCCCACGCGAAAAGCAAGCGCUAGGCGUGCAAUAUGGGUUCCUUGAAGCUACGCCGGUUUUUCGCGACCGUGGUCUUGCUUCCUUAAGCCGAGCUGAGGAUGGAGCGUUAAUAUUGGAUGAAGGCUUGAUCCCCCCUAAAACCCGUUUUGUCAGGGUACAAGUGAUACAGGAUGGUCGGCUCUCGGGAAUCUCUAAACCGACCCGUUCCACCUUCAACAGUGAUGGAUUGAUUGAGAAUCGUAUUCUGCAAGCGCGUGAUACUGUCUAUGAAGAGGAGCUAUUCCAUGAGCUUGUCCGAGAAGCCCGGGCGAUCGCGAGCUUUGGCGUUACAACGCGUCAGAAUCUCAUUCAAAUUCCUGCUUCCGAUGACAUCGAGAUUUUACUGGACUUGGUUGACACUGAUGAAGACGCCUCAGAACACGAACAUGAUAUUUCACAGCAAGGAACUUCUCUUGCAGAGGGCUUGGCACAUACGAUCCGGAUACUUUUGGCGUAUGCCCAUCGUCAAAACUUGCGCCGUCGGACUUUACUUCCGCCGCCUUUGACCCCGAAAAUGCGAUCUGUUCCUGAGCACCACCUUAUUCGGCCAGCCCUGGCUUACAUCAAGCACAUGUCCCAUGUACGCUGGCUUCAGUCAUUUCUGAACGACCUUUUUGGUGUUUUGCAAUCGGCAGAUUUGAAACCUCCAGCGUACACCUCAAGGGUCUUUUCGACAGGGAGACGGAGACAGACCUCUUCUGCUCCAGCAGUGGAGACUCUCGUUGGGCAGUUCCUUACCCCCUUACUGUCUACAUUCAAUGGGAAAAUUUUGACACCUCGGGGCUCUUUCUCAAUCGCUAUUCACACCAACCUUUCCUCACCACCAUUCGGCACCACCUUUGAUGUGUCAUUCAACAUGCCCAAGUACCAGGACCUUGAGUCCCCUGGUAAACUUCAUCACAGGGAAGAAGUGGAAGCCGCCAUCACCCAUCUCUUGAUGCUUGAUGUUGUUUUCACUAUCUCAUCCAACAACAGUUUAUCUAAUUCUGAGUCUGACAAGGACAAAGCGAAUGGCACCUGGGAAGCAAUUUACCCCGAACAUGGUGAACUUCUGAUCCCUUCCAAAUCAGAAAAACGAAAGAAGAUGAAGAUUGCUCUGUCUCGUCAUGAAUUGUCUCUCGAGAUCUACACCGUGCGCUGUAUCGACGGAACCGGGCGUGGGAAUUGGGAAAAGCCUUCUCACCAUUCAAUGUCGCAUACUUGGAAACAAUCUUCUAUCGCUGAAUCGUUCAAGCAGUUUUCUUUGAUGGAUUAUGUGUCCACCCAGGUACCACGAUCGUGA